ACUGCACGACAACUGGUCAGAUGCUGAUAAAAUUGACCGAGGGCCGAUUAUCUCCUUUGAAACUCCUAUAAUAGACUGCUGUGCCCAUUCCAAGAAGCUAUUCUAACCAAUAUACCCCAUCUCCAUUUCUAGUACCACUCGCUCAAAAUGGUUGCUCCUCCUCCAGACUGGGUCGCGAAGUUGACGCCCUCCGGGCCGCAGGGCAGUGAGCUCCUCGCAACGGAGCGUGCGAAGAGUAACAUCAACAUUGACAAGCUGUCCAGCUUCAUGUUCGGCAAGGAGGCUUUGGAGAAUGAGGCCAAGAUCUUGGCCAUCCUCCAGUCGGAGAAGGUGUUCGACAAGUCGCAAAAUGCCUUCAUGGGAAGAGUCGAGAAGUUCCCGGUUGCUCUCGCCAGGGCGAAGAAGCUGAGGCAGCUGCAAGUCAAGCACAACUGGAGCAUCGACGACUACAGAGUCGCCGAUGGCCUGAUCUCCGAGCCCGGCCCAUACGGACUUCACGCAUCUAUGUUCUUGACUGCCCUCAGAGACCAGGGAACUCCCGAACAACACAAGCUCUUCCUUGAGCCAGCAGAGAACUACAAAUACAUUGGUUGCUACGCCCAGACCGAGUUGGGACACGGCUCCAACGUUCGUGGUCUUGAGACCACCGCGACCUGGGACCCAGCCGACCAGACCUUCGUCAUUCACUCUCCCCAUCUCACUGCCUCCAAAUGGUGGAUUGGCUCUUUGGGCCGCACCGCAAACCACGCUGUGGUUAUGGCGCAGCUCGUUCUCAACGGAAAGUCCUUCGGACCACACCCUUUCGUUGUCCAAGUCCGAGACUUGAAGACUCACCAGCCCCUCGACGGUAUUUACGUCGGAGAUAUUGGACCAAAAUUCGGAUACAACACCAUGGAUAACGGUUUCAUCCUCUUCAACAAGGUCAAGAUCCCCCACGUCAACAUGUUGGCAAAGUACUCCAGCGUCGACGUAAAGACCAACAAGUAUGUCCGCCCAGCAGCUGCCUCGUUGGUUUACGGAACCAUGACCUGGGUUCGCUCCACCAUUGUGCUCCAGUCUGGCCAGACCCUGGCAAGAGGUGUGACCAUCGCCACCAGGUAUUGUGCUGUUCGCAGGCAAUUCCAGGACCGCGAUGAUGUCUCCAACGACGUCACCGAGAACCAAGUUCUCAACUACAGCAUGGUGCAAUUCCGUCUUCUCCCUCUCCUCGCAUCCACCUUCGCUCUCCACUUCACUGGCAAGGCCAUGAUGGAGAUGUACACACAGAACCAGGAGAGGAUGAAGAAGGCUGUUGCAAAUACCAGAAGAGGAGCUGGCCCAGAGGAGCUUCAGUCAGGCAGCGACAUGCUUGCUGAUCUCCACGCCACUUCUUGUGGUCUUAAGGCGCUUGGCAGCACCAUUGCUGCUGAGGGUCUGGAGGUGUGCAGAAGAGCUUGCGGUGGCCACGGUUACUCUCAGUUCUCUGGUAUCGGCAGCUGGUAUGCCGAUUACCUCCCAACCACCACCUGGGAGGGAGACAACUACAUGUUGACCCAGCAGGUUGCACGCUACCUCCUCAAGUCUGCACGUGCCGUCCUCAAGGGCAAGGCACCCGCCAACGACACCACCGAGAUCUUCCGCACCUUCUUGGACGCACAGGACAAGGGCUGCGCCUUCGACAUCCUCUCCAACGACGGCGAUAUCGUCGCCGCCUUCGCCUGGCGCACAUCCUACCUCACCUUCGAGGCCCUCAAGCACCGCGACGUCGAGAAGCAGUCGUGGAACUCUCUCCUCGUCGACUUCUGGCGCCUCUCCACCGCGCACUCGCAGUACCUCGUCGUCAAGAACUUCUACGACGCCCUGCAAUCCUCCUCCCUCACCUACGAGCUCGACUCCGUCUCCAUCACCACCAUGCACCAGCUCUUCCGCCUCUUCGCCCUCAGCACCCUCGAGAAGGAGGCCUCAGAGUUCUACUCCUCCUCCGCCCUCACAGUCCGCCAGAUCCAGCUCGUCCGCACAAAGUCGGUUAUGCAGCUCCUCGCGGACAUCAGGCCGCAUGCCCUGCGCCUGGUUGACGCGUGGCAGUUCCAUGAUUGGCAGCUGGACAGCAGUCUGGGCCGCAAGGAUGGAAAGGUUUAUGAGGAUAUGUUCUACAGGGCUAGCCAGCUGAACCCGCUGAACGGUCUGACUGUAGACCCUUACCCGGAGAGCGAUGUGUUGAUCAAGAAGGAUGAGACGAACCGUGGCCUCCAGGCUAAGUUGUAAAGUGGGGUCGAUGAAUGGUGGGGAUGUGUAUAUGGGUCGUUCUACAAGUUUUCUUUUGUUUAUGGGUUAGAUGAUUUAGACCGGUUGGGCGUGUAGAAUAAACACAGGGGCGGAGGCAUAAGGGCAUGUUUCGAUAUGUAUAUAUCACGAUACAAUAAAAUAAAUAUUUCAUAAUAGCUA